AUGGAAUCCGACAAUCCGAAUGGAUAUAACGCUGGGAAGCGGAGUUCAAUGCAUCAGGCCUUGCAUAGCCGCCCGGUCGAACGUCGACCCAGCAAAAAGUCAUCAUCCCGCGAUCGCCAUGGUAUGGUCUACCCAGACAGUUUCCGAGAAACAAGCAUUCGCACCGUGACCCCGGAGUCUCAUUCCCCUUUAUCCGAACCAGAGCACCUUACCAGCAGUGCGCCCUCCCCACGGACCACCAUGCGAUCGCGCACCGUCGACCGACGCGAGGAAGACACGUCGAUAGAUGGGCGAAACGUGCGCACACGAGCACGAACAGCCACAUUGGAUGAACAACGAAGCGACCUGGCAUCCUCCACUUUCAAGUCCCGAACCCGAAUCGGGUCCGUCAACGCUACCAGCUCGUCCCAGCCCAAACCCGCCACCGCCGAAUCGAAUACCACAGACGACUCAUCCAGCAUUGGAUUUCCGUCGAUCCACUCGCCAAAUUACUCUGGGUCCGCCACUGCUCGCCAGCGACUGAGCAAGUCACCCGGCCAGGCCACCUCCCUGGCACAUUGCCAAGCCGCCUUUGCAUCACCACUCUCGAAGACCGACGCUGCCAAGAUCCUACAGCUAAUGAAGACUACCUGUGGCCGAAUGCAUGGAAUUCUCUCGUUUCGAACGACGUCCGGAAAUGCAUCGUCCUCGAACGCCUGGACAUCCGGGUACUGUGCGAUCAACGUCGCCACAGGUAGUCUUAUAUACCAGGCAAAAGGAGAACCGGCAUUGGCGAAGACCCUCAUUCCUGAUCUGCGUGGCUGCCGGGUUCGAACACAUUACGAUUCAGAAUUACAAACAACCUAUCUCAAUGUUCACACUUUCACAUCCGGACUUGGAAUACAACUGCGACCCCACGUCAAUGAAACCUUUGACUCGUGGCUGGCAGCCCUUUUGUGCUGGCAGCCCAUCCGUCCCAAGGGCGUCCAGAACAAAAUGACCAAACCCCAGGAGGUUGUAAUCGGUGAUCGUCGAAUCCCCGAGCGCCGCCGAAACUCCGAGACCGCCGCGCACAAGGAUGCCGCCAUAAUCAAAGUCGGAAAGAUGCUUCUCUGGGACAAGCCGUCUGCAUCAGGCGCACGGCCUGUAUCCGCUCGCCGCGUAUCCACGUAUCGACAAUCAAGAGCGUUGUCUUCGUCAUGGCAGAAAGUGAGCUGCACAUUGCAGGAGAAUGGCCAUUUCAAACUUUAUACAGAAUCCGACGUCGCUCUCGUGGCGUGUGUGCAACUAUCGCAACUCUCUCGAUGUGCGAUUCAGCAAUUGGAUCCCUCAGUGCUCGACGAUGAAUUUUGCAUUGCCAUCUACCCACAGUACACCGCCCACCCUGUCGUCGACUCUACCAUGCGCCCCAUCUACCUUGCUUUGGAGACCCGUGUUUUGUUCGAGGUCUGGUUUGUACUGUUACGUGCGUUUACCAUCCCCGAGCUGUACGGGCCUGAGGCUUCGUCAGAGGUCGAAGAUCCAAACAAGACCCCAGAGGCCGAGAGUGUCGACUCCCCGACCAGAGACAUGUUCAGAAUUGAAAGAAAACUCAACCUGAGGGUCACGGAGGGUAAGCUUUUCCGGGCUAAAGAGGAAAAUACCCCGCGAAGUCGCAAACAGUCUAGAUCCCACGGUUUUUCUGCUCCUUCUCCGCCAAAACCCAGUGACUACUAUACCGAAGUCCUCCUAGAUGGGGAGAUCCGUGCCAAGACCGCUGUCAAAUACCGUACUCCAAAUCCGUUUUGGCGGGAAGAUUUUGUCUUUAACGAUCUACCUCCGGUGCUCUCCCAGGCCUCAAUCCUUGUCAAAACCCUGAAUCCUACGCAGAGAGAUUGGACUCUCGUGGCUCAUGGAACAUAUGCAUCAACCCAAGAAGCCAAUGCAGUCAACAUGCUCGACGAUAUCGAAAUUUCCACCAAUGAUGCGAUCUUCGGGCGGGUGGAUCUUCGUCUAGAUGAACUGGAGCCUGGGGUUGAUACCGAGAAGUGGUGGCCCAUCUUGGAUGACCAUGAUCAGGCCGUCGGGGAGAUCUUCAUGAAAGUCAGAAUGGAAGAAACGGUCGUUUUGAUGUUUGCAGAAUACGCACCGAUGCAGGAACUGCUUCACUCUUUCACCAACGGCCUAACAAUCAACAUGGCCCAGUUGAUGUCCUCCGAGCUCACUCAGUUGUCCGAAAUGCUGUUGAAUAUCUAUCAAGUCUCCGGCAAGACGGUGGAUUGGAUUUCGGCGCUGGUCGAGGAUGAAAUCGACGGCGUGCACAAGGAAUCCACAACCAAUCGAUUGCGGUAUACGACAAGGAUACACUCCAACGACUCUCGAGAAUCGAGCCAUGACCGAGAGAUUCUCGUGAGAGACAUGGGAAGAACUGCAACGGUGGAGGCAAAUCUUCUCUUCCGUGGCAACUCGCUUCUCACAAAGGCGCUGGACCUCCACAUGCGUCGACUUGGUAAAGAGUACUUGGAAGAGACUAUCGGAGAGCGACUGCGUGAGAUCGAUGAAAGUGACCCAGAGUGUGAAGUUGAUCCGUCUCGGGUACCACGCACCGAAGAUCUCGAUCGCAAUUGGCGAACCCUUAUCACCCUCACCACGGGAGUCUGGAAGUCCAUUGCGAUAUCUUAUAGCCGCUGCCCUCCUGAGCUAAGACGUAUCUUCCGGCAUGUCAGGGCAUGCGCGGAGGACCGCUAUGGCGACUUCCUGCGUUCGGUGACCUACAGCAGUGUCUCUGGGUUCCUUUUCUUGCGGUUCUUUUGUCCAGCUAUCUUGAAUCCUAAGCUGUUUGGACUUCUGAAGGACCAUCCACGCCCACGUGCCCAACGCACCCUAACUCUCGUUGCCAAGGCACUCCAGGGUCUGGCGAAUAUGACAACCUUUGGCAAUAAGGAACCUUGGAUGGAGCCCAUGAACAAGUUUCUGGUUGGUAACCGGUCAGACUUCAAGCAAUUUGUCGACCACAUCUGUAGCAUUUAUGCAGACCAGCCAGCUCCGGUUCCGACGCCUUCAUAUACCACUCCCGUACAGAUUCUUGGCCGCUUGCCACCUACCUCACGCGAAGGUUUUCCUAGUCUUCCGUUCUUGAUCGACCAUGCACGAUCUUACGCAAAUUUAAUCCGAGUGUGGUUGGAAGUGGUACCGGAACGGAUGGCUGAACUAGAGGAGGUGGACGCCAGCCUCGCCAAAUUCCAUCAACUAGCACACCGCCUACGAGAACGUACCGAGGAGUGUUUAGAUAAAGCGGAACAAGCAGAGCGCCCCAAUGGAACCCUUGAGGUCAAAUGGGAGGAACUUGUGGACUCGAUGGAACGUGCCGUGACCUUUUAUGACGAAACCUCGAGCAAGCCAGCCACUCCAGCAUCGGAUGCGCAGGUUGGAGGAACCUUCUCAAUUCCGCAAGAUAAGCGCGGAUCGAUCGGUUUCUUCGCACCCCGGCCGGCGAUGCCCCGUCGUUCGACGGACUACGCGCCGGAGGAAGAUGACACGCCACCCAGUUCAUCAUCAGCUACAUGGGACCAGAGCCGCAUGCCCUUCUCUAUCCCUCGGUGGUCCGAUGCUCGCGAUAGUACCGGAAGUUCCAAAAAUUCUUCAACUUAUUCCCUGGAAUACUCGGAGAAUUCAAAGGCACGCAGGUCUAGCGUCACAAAGGAGACUUCCAGCAAGUACCGUUUCUUCGACUUUGUUCCUGCCCCUUCACGACGCAAAGCGAAGGACCGUGACCAAUCUCAUCACUCGCACGAGGACUUUCGAAACGAGUUUUGA